GUCUCCCUGGCGGAGAUGGAGGACCUGCUCCUGAGGACCCUGUUUAAGGAGUAUCAGCGCUGGGUGCGGCCUACACAGCACGCCAAUGACACCAUCACCGUACGCUUCGGGCUCAAGAUCUCCCAGCUGGUCGACGUGGACGAGAAAAACCAGCUCAUGACCACUAACGUCUGGCUAUGGCAGGAGUGGAUCGACCAUAAGCUGCGCUGGAACCCAGAUGAUUACGGGGGCAUCACAUCCAUCAGAGUUCCCUCGGAGAGCAUCUGGCUUCCUGACAUUGUACUCUAUGAGAAUGCGGACGGGCGUUUCGAGGGCUCCUUGAUGACUAAGGCCAUUGUGAAGCACAGUGGCGUGAUCACCUGGACGCCGCCGGCCAGUUACAAGUCGGCCUGCACCAUGGACGUCACCUUCUUCCCCUUCGACCGGCAGAACUGCUCCAUGAAGUUCGGAUCCUGGACCUACGACGGCAGCAUGGUGGACCUAGUGCUCACAGACACACAGGUGGACCGAAAGGACUUCUUCGAUAACGGCGAGUGGGAGAUCCUGAGGGCCACGGGGUUAAAGGGCAGUCGUCGUGACGACGUGCUGUCCUACCCGUUCGUCACCUACUCCUUCAUCCUGAAGCGGCUGCCGCUCUUCUACACGCUCUUCCUCAUCAUCCCCUGCCUCGGGCUGUCCUUCCUCACCGUGCUCGUCUUCUACCUGCCCUCCGACGAGGGCGAGAAGCUGUCACUCUCUACUUCCGUGCUGGUGUCCCUCACUGUGUUCCUACUCGUCAUCGAAGAGAUCAUACCCUCCUCCUCCAAGGUGAUCCCUCUGAUCGGCGAGUACCUUCUCUUCAUCAUGAUCUUCGUCACGCUCUCCAUAAUCGUCACCGUCUUCGUCAUCAACGUGCACCACCGCUCCUCGGCCACCUACCACCCCAUGUCGCCGUGGGUACGGGGCCUCUUCCUCCAGAGGCUCCCGCGGUUGCUGUGCAUGCGCGGCCACGCGGACCGUUACCACUACCCGGAGCUGGAGCCCAUGAGCCCCGAGACCAAGCCCAAGUCGGGGAGUCGCCGGUCGGGCAGCCGGUCGGGUGGGGGAGGGUCGUCCCAGGAGGACAAAGAGGAGGACGAGCACGCCCUGAUGUCCAUGCUGGAGAGGGCCACGUACUCUGUGCGCUACAUCUCGCGCCACAUUCGCAAAGAGCACUUCAUCAGAGAGGUGGUGCAGGACUGGAAGUUUGUGGCGCAGGUCCUCGACCGCAUCUUCCUGUGGGUCUUCCUCACCGUGUCCGUCCUGGGCACCAUCCUCAUCUUCACUCCGGCCGUGUCACUCUUCCUCAGCACACCGCCGCCACCCCCGUGAACUCUGACCUCCCCGUGCAUGAACUCUGACCCCUAGGCUGUGACCUUUCACAAUUGACCCUUACACGUCACUGUCAUGAGACAGACAAGACACCGCAUCUCUCUUUGCCAAUUCACCUCCAGCUUGCUGCACACGACAACCCU